AUGGUCAAUUAUGCCCCAGCCUCUAGGAGCAACGCCUCAGGACCUUACACUGACCCUAAGUUUGAAUAUACGACUUCACAAAAACCAUCAAAGAAGAAAGCGGAUAAUGAUGUUGACGGUGUUAGCGUCAAUAGUAACGAGCUGAGGAAAAGUGAAGGUCGACAAGAAAAACGUGCGAUAACUGAUAAUCCGAAGGAUGAAAACUUGUACAAUCUAGUAGCUAUUCCGCUCGAAAAAGAACAUAAAAAAGAAAGAGAGGAAGUUUUCAACAGACAAAGGUCAAGAAGUAGCCGAGGUUUUCUACUAUCCAACCCAAUAUUCGACCAUAACCCGCGGAAUCGCAACUAUCUAAGGGAGAAAGCCAAGACGAACAAGUAUGAAGAAUCAUCAACAAACAGAAACUCUAUUGAAGGAAUAAAAAACGAGAAUAAUCCCUUAAAUAUUCCGAAGGGUUCGUCAAGUGGGGCGAACAUCAAAUCACAAGAAAAUACACCAAUUGUGGAACCAAGAAGUGUGAUUUCAAAAAGCAAGCCUUCGGGAAAAAACAUAUCCAAUUUUCUUGAUGAAGAAUCUACGCAGGUCGUAAAUCUAGCCUUGAAUUUGAGCGAGAAUAGACGUAAUAUGUCAAAAUGGGCUGCUCCACAAAAUACUAUUCCAAAUAGCAUAUCAGAACUUUCAGCAGGUGUGAAUCUACGUCCACGCAUAUACUCGCAAAGAAAUAUAUCUGGUAAUCAGCCAUCAAAGAAUGAACGAAUAGACACAAUAUCUACAAUAUCUAAUCUACAUAACACGAAAAUAGGUAAUCCUCUCUUGGCUGCGUUUGACUUCAAUGAAAAUCGUGCAUAUCAGUAUCAUUUCUCUUCAUCUACUCUAGCAAGAGCUGAUAAAGCGAGGUCUACUAUCGAAUUAAUGACUCAGUACAGAAAAUUACUACAAUUUCUUCCCCCACUUUCUAUCGAAGCACCAAGAAGAUCAUCGUCUAUCGUAUCAGAUUUUUCUUCAGUGCUUAUGCAUCCUACAUUGCUGAACACCUCGGAUCAAACGAUCAAGUUAGGGCGGCCGUACAAUCCCUUGCAAUAUAUUCGAAAUCGUAAAUUACGGGCCCGUCUUUCAAGAUCUAUUGACGGAGAAGCACAAGGUUUCGGCGAUAUUAAAAAGGUUUCAGCCUGGGUAGAAGAUGUAGUCAAAGCAGUGUGUUCUGCUGGAGCUCAGAAAUAUGACCAAACGGCUAUCCUGGAAUUUCCUGGGAUAGACGCCAGUAGUAAAACAAUCUCGGAAAACAGUUCUCCUCGGCCUAGAUCUGGUAAAAAGCAAGGGACAUCAACUAGAGUUAAAAGACCAAGAAUCGAUUGGGCUUUAAAUCCGGCAGACCUUAUUGCAGAUCUCUAUUGGCUUGAACAGGAGGGUAAUAGGAAUCUCAUUGAAGACCGAAAUGGAAAGCUCAUCUUUCCAAAAAGAAUGGUAACUCAGAAUAAAAUCUCACUCGAUCAUCACAGACAAGGAUCACGCGACAAAAACCAUGCGCAGUCCACUCCUACUCAAAAAGAGACUCAAUUUGGCCAGGAGAUAGAUCCCCAACAAACUAUAUUUAAGCCUUCAGAGAGUUCCUCUGAAAAUAAUAUUGACGACUCUUUAUCCGAGGCCAAUCGAAAGCCCCCAAGCAUACCUAAUAAUGCUCGAGCUAAGCUUAGUUCUGAUUAUGAAAGUAGAAGUAGUCCACGCACUCAAAUCAUAUAUUCUCAGGCUCAAAGUAGCGACUUAGAGCAUCAACUUGAGGCACAGCGGUAUAGAUCUGGAAAUAUUUCAGAGUAUAUAUCUGGAACUGAAGUAAUGGAAAAAAAAGAAUCUAUGCAGAAGAGAAUAAGGAGAGAAUCUGGAUGUGAAAAUGGAAAGUACGUUCAACAAUUUCGACCACAAAUUUUAUCACAAAACCCAGACUUAUCCCAAGAACUUGACAGUUAUGUUUCACAAGAAGAGGAAGCGGUUUCUAAAAGUAGUCUUCUAACUCAUACAAGCUUUGAAGGCAAUGAUUUGAUAUCCAGGCAAUCGAUUGAGUGGUGGGACUCCACGCCGGAGUCAACUACCCCGAACUCCCCAAAAAUUAAAAACUUUGAACCAAAAGGUUCCAGAGAAUCCAUGACUCCUAGUAUUCGUAUCGACCUCCUGACACCAACUAACUCGCCAAAAUGGAAUCCAACUUCAUGGUCAAGAAAAAAUCUCAAAAUAAGGCCCCAAAAUAUUCAAAAUAUUCAAAAUAUUUACGGAAGGCAGGCUGAUGAAGAAAAAGACAUAAAUACCCCUCUGUCUAUUUCUUUGUCUAGAAAAGUAAUGAGUCCUACAACUAAUAAGCCAAGAGAACGCUCCGCGAGUCCGGAAAAACUAAAGGCAUCGUCAGAGAAUGAAAAACCGGGGAGAUUAGUGGUCAGUUCCAAGAAAUUUAGAGGGGAGAACGAGCGAUUCUCUGGGAUUCGGGAAUUUCUAAAGAGUCCUCGAAAUCCCUUAACUAAGGUUAGUGACUUUUGGAAGAAAGAAUCCACGUCUUGGAAUUUAUCCGGACUUGUAACAGAUGAUUUAGACUCCGAUGACAUGCUUGGUCACGGUCCAAAGACUGAGGAAAGCGUACAAGCUUAUAUCGAACAAAUUGAGGGUAAAUCCUUGAGGGAAAACUCUGCCGAUGCUGUUCUAGAAAGGGGGAAAUUAAGUUGGAGCUCUUCAUUCCCAACAAAAACCAAUGCUUUGCCUAUUGCUACAUUAGAACUACGCGGACGUCCAACUCAAUCAAAGGGAAAUAGCUGGCUAAAGAGUAAUUCUCGGCAACCUAGACAGACUCAAGUAGAAAAAGACUACAUCGAAGUUUCUCCGUCUUCUUCUUCUUUCGAAGGAGCAAGGACAUGUUCUUUUGAUACUGCUGCACUAGAGCGAAGGGAAAGUCGCUUUGGAUCUAUUGCCACCUCAAAAGCUGACGCUCGUUUAAAUGCCAUCAUAGGAGGUCACAAUCCGAAUGAUAGAAUAAUGACAUGUAGACUACCUCUCGUGGACCUCCACAGUGAAAGAGAGCUGCGUCAGUUAUAUGCUUGUGAUUAUGCCAAAAACUCAGAGCAAGGCACCCUUACGAAAAAAGAUAUUGCACGAAUAAGGAUACUUCUCCUUAGCUCUGGCAUUAAAGCCCGUGAGAUCCAAAGACGUGCUGAGCUCUCACAAGAAAUUUCCGUCGCAAAAGAAUUACUACCCCGUAAUAGAUUAGCAGGCUGGAGUCACAUUCCACAAGAGGCCUCAGCUAUACAGCAGCAUCAAGUAGCCGCUAAGCUUCUAUUCGAUGAUAUUCACUAUUCGACGCGGACGUGGCACUCUACUUCCGAACGGUUUACACAGGUAUCAGUACAUCACCUUAUGAGCCGUGUCCAAACUAUGCAAAUCCGGCUUAUGAAAAUCCUUACACCCUUGACACGUACAACUGCUGAUGAAGCAGAUGCUGUCUCAAAAGAUCUUGUGAUGGACUACAGUUUGACCGUGACACGUGUCGCUGGUAAGAUCGCCCGUACAAUGCAACGUAGACGGGCGAGGUUCCGCUGGUUGAAACGUAGCGGAUGGGUAAUUGUGGAAUGGGCAUUAAUUGGGGUCAUGUGGUGGGUCUGGUUUAUUGUGAUGAUUGUGCGAAUCUUUUUUGGAAUAAGUCGGGGUGUUCUGGGCGGAAUUAAGUGGCUAUUUUGGCUGUAA